GUAAACAAAAUGUCAAAUCCAGAUGAGCAUUUUGUUGACUUAAAAGAGAAAAAAGUGAAUAUUGCUGGCCAUGUCAUCCAGCCAAGUGAUGUUCAGCCUCGAACCGCCCAUUCAAGUACAAAUGAAGUAUCUUUUACUUCACAAAAACAGUAUCCACAAGGGAAGCAACCUGUUCCAAAAGGAUUUGCAACUCAUCCUACAUUGGACAACUUAAAUCAGCUUCCCGAUCCUACAUUUACACCCGAGGAAAAAUCAAAAACUAAAGUAUCAGCAGCCACAACUGAUAAGUCAACGAAAACAUUCACAGAAGGUCCGUCAGUACCACUCACUGAUGAGGCAAAUGCAAAGGAAUUUGGUGUGGAUUUGAAAAAGAACACCAGUAAAGAAACGUUUGACGUCCCAGCCAAACGAUACACACGAGGGACUGUGAAAUAUACAGGAGUUCGUGCACUUGAAGAUAUGGUUAAUGGUUUACGGAAUCGUUUGGAUGAAGAAACAGGGUGUAUUGUUGAUAAGACAUGUGUCCCAGAGUCUGAUUGCUAUGAAGAGAAUGUACAUUUUGUGAGAAGAAAAUGUCUUGGUCGAGGUUCUUUUGGUGAAGUCAGUCUUUGUCAGGAUAAGAAAACAAGACAACAGUUCGUCAUAAAACAGGUUUCAAAGAAUAAGUUAAGAUCAAGUGAAAUAAUUGUACCAUCUAAACUGAAGCAUCUUAACUUGACCAAGUUCUACGGUCUUAUACAGCGAUACUACGGUAAAGACAAGGGGAAUCCAACCAUGGAGUUGCUGCUUGAGUAUUGCGGACUUGCUAUAAACAAGUAUUAUGAUCAGUUUGGACUUCUCACUGAUGCACAAAAAUGGGAAGUUUCAAAGCAAGGAUGUGCGGGCUUAGAUCACAUGAGCAGUAACAACAUAGUGCACCAAACAUAA